AUGGCAGCUGUUCAAGAUAAAGAAAAGGUCCGAAAAGCGGGGGCAGAGUUUGCGGCAAAGCAAAUCGAAAAGCUUUUUAAGAAAUCCAAGAUCGUUGACUCUUCUGAUAUAUUUCCAAAGUUCUCAAAGGAAGAGAUCAAGUUGGGAAAAGUCUUGGGGAAAGGCGGAUUCGGUACUGUCUACGAAUGUCUUUCUUUCGGUGCCAAAUCGAAACCAUCCAAUGCUGUCCCGGAUGCCGAAGAUCAAAUGGAGUCUCGUAAAUUCAUUGCCGAUCAUUGCAUUCGAGAGGAUGGUGAUGCCCGCUAUGCCCUUAAGAUUUUGAGCCCUGAAGUCGUCAACGACGCCGGAAUCUUCAUUCAGGGAAGCAUUGAUAUGGCAGUAGAAACCCGCGUUCUCUCUGACAUUGAACAUCCCAACAUAAUUAAGAUGCGUGCAUGCGGUUCGCUGAGUCCAUUCGAAGCAGACUACUUCAUCGUCAUGGACCGAUUAUACGAUACUUUGGAGAGUCGCAUCGCAAAGUGGGGAAAGUUGCAAUCGCGUAUUACUGGAGGCUUUGGGAGCAAAUUUUUUGACCGAAAGGGAAAGAAGAAGGCGGCUCUUUUGGAGGACAAGUUGGUAGCAGCUUUUGAUCUUUCUGCAGCAAUAUUAUACAUGCACAACAAGAACAUUUUGUAUCGCGAUCUUAAGCCUGAGAAUGUUGGCUUUGACAUUCGCGAUGAUAUCAAGCUUUUCGAUUUCGGUCUUGCAAAAGAGGUUUUCAGCGAAGACAAAGAUGCCGACGGCUUGUACAAGCUGACAGCAAUGACGGGCUCUCCCCGGUACAUGGCUCCGGAGGUGGCGUUGGAGAAGCCUUACAGUUUUUCUUGCGACGCAUACUCGUUCGCAAUCCUUUUUCACCAAAUGUACUCGUGCAAGACGCCGUUUGAAGUGUACGGAAUGAAUUCACUCAGGACCAGAGUUUGGGGUAAAGAACAAAAGCGUCCAUACAUCCAGCCGGAUUGGCCAGAGACGAUCAAGAGCCUGUUAGAGAAGUCCUGGAACGAGAACGUGCAUGAGCGACCUACCUUCCAAAAGAUUUACGAUAUUUUACGAGAAGAAUGUGUUGGUGCUCGUGACGGUGAUGAAGAGGGUUUGGAACAUUCCCGACGACGAUCAACUUUUGUGUUUCGUUCAAAUUCUGGAAAGAGGACAGCAUCAAAGGCAGCGAAGGGGAAUGUGAUGGAGGCUGUCCAAGAAUUUGACUAUGAUGAAGACGAGAAGGAAUCAGAAAAUUAG